UGCAUGGUGGGAAGGAGGCGGGAGGGCGGGCGGCGGCGGCGGCGGCAGGGUUCCCUCGCUCUCCUCAGUCCGCGCCGAGGGCCGCGCUCGCGGGGCGUCCGGAGGAGCCGCCGCCGAGGAUGCCGAAUUUCUGCGCCGCCCCGAACUGCACCCGCAAGAGCACCCAGAGCGACCUGGCCUUCUUUCGCUUCCCGCGGGACCCCGCCCGAUGUCAGCGUUGGGUUGAGAACUGCCGAAGGGCCGAUUUGGAAGAUAAGACGCCGGACCAAUUGAACAAGCACUACAGGCUGUGCGCGAAGCACUUUGAAACCUCGAUGAUAUGUAGGAGCAGUCCCUACAGGACUGUUUUACGAGACAACGCCGUGCCAACAAUUUUCGACCUCACGAGCCAUUUGAACAACCCACAUAGCAGACACAGGAAGAGAAUUAAAGAGCUGAGUGAAGAAGAAAUAAGAACAUUAAAGCAGCAAAAGAUUGAUGAAGCUUUUGAGCAGGAAAAGAUGAACCAGGAAUCUGUCGACAACGACAUGCGGAACCCAGCCUCUGAGGAAGGCGGCGACGAGCCAGUCGAAGACGAUGUCCCUUUAACGCAAGAGGAGAGGGAAAACAAAGAUUACCUUAAAUCUCUGUUUGAGAUUUUAAUCCUGAUGGGGAAACAAAACAUCCCAUUGGACGGCCACAGCGCUGACGAACUCCCUGAAGGGAUCUUUACUCCAGACAACUUCCAGUCUCUCUUGGAAUUCAGGAUAAAUUCCGGAGAUGAGGUUCUGCGGAAGCGGUUUGAGACCACGGCUGUGAACCUCGCCUACUGCUCCAAAGCCCAACAGAAGCAAAUGCUGGAGAUAUGCGAAAGCUGCGUGCGGGAAGAGACCCUCCGCGAGGUCAGGGACUCUCACUUCUUCUCCAUCAUCACGGAAGAGGUGGUGGAUCUCGCCGGCGAGGAACACUUGCCGGUGCUGGUGAGGUUUGUGGACGAUUCUCACAACCUGAAGGAGGAAUUCAUAGGGUUCUUGCCGUACGAGGCGGAUCCCGAAAUCCUGUCCGUUAAGUUCCACACGACCAUUACCGAAAAGUGGGGCUUGAACAUGGAGUACUGUCGAGGCCAAGCCUACAUCGUCUCCAGUGGGUUUGCCUCGAAAAUGAAGACUGUGGCUACAAGGAUCUUAGAGAAAUACCCUCAGGCUGUUUAUACGCUGUCGUCUUCCUGUGCCUUGAACAUUUGGCUAGCCAAAUCUAUUCCAGUCCUGGGCAUUUCCAUCGCCCUCGGAAAGAUAGAGGAGGUUUGCACGUUUUUCCAUCAGUCACCCCAGUUGCUUGCCGAUUUGGACAAUGUCAUCUCCAUUCUCUUUCCGAACAACGAAGAACGGGGGAACGAGUUGAAGGAGGUGGUGCGUUCCCACUGGACGGGCCGCCACGACACCUUUGAGAUUGUCGUGGACCUCAUGCAAGCCCUGGUGCUGUGCCUGGACUCUAUAAACGACACCUCCGUCCGGUGGAACAGCUCGGUCGCCAGCCGGGCAUGCACGCUUUCCACCGCCCUGUCGGAUUUCGACUUUGUGGUCACCGUCGUGAUCAUCAAAAACAUUCUCUCUUUCACCAGGGCCUUUGGCAAGAACCUCCAAGGCCAGACCUCGGACGUCUUCUUUGCGGCCAGCAGUUUGACGGCGGUCUUGCAUUCCCUGAACGAGGUGAUGGAGAACAUUGAGGUGUACCACGAGUUCUGGUUUGAGGAAGCCACCACCUUGGCCACCAAACUGGACCUGCCCGUCAAGCUGCCCGGGAAAUUCAGCCGUGCCCAGCAAGGGAGCUUGGACUCUGAAAUCACCCCGGAAAACUACUACAAGGAAGCCCUUAGCAUCCCCACCAUGGAGCACAUAAUUCAGGAGCUGAAAGACAUCUUCUCCGAGCAGCACCUGAGGGCUCUAAAGUGCUUGUCUCUGGUGCCCUCGGUCAUGGGGCAGCUCAAAUUCAACACCUCCGAGGAGCACCAUGCCGACAUGCACAAAAACGACCUCCCCAAUCCUGACACGCUCUCCGCGGAGCUCCAUUGCUGGAGAAUCAAGUGGAAGCACAGAGGGAAGGACAUUGAGCUCCCCACCACCAUUUACGAAGCCCUCCAUUUGCCCGACAUCAAGUUUUUCCCCAACGUGUACGCCUUGCUCAAGGUCCUCUCCAUCCUGCCCAUAAUGAAGGUGGAGAACGAGAAAUUUGAGGUGGGCCGGAGGCGCUUGAAGGCCUACCUGAGGAACACCUUGACCCAGCAGAGGUCGAGCCACCUGGCCCUCCUCAACAUCAACUUUGACAUUAAGCACGACUUGGAUAUGAUGGUCGACACCUACAUCAAGCAGUACCCUGAGAAAGUAGAGGAGGAUUUCCUUCCCCCUAACAGUUCAGAAGCGACGGAAGAGACUUAACACAGGAACGGGGCAGUUCUCCCUUGUCUGUUUUGGAGACUUGGGUUUUGCCUUAAAAAAAGGCAGGGUUGGGGGUUCCUAACUGAAAGAGGAGGAGCUGGGUCAUAGCAAGCAUCUUUCUGUUUCUCCGGUGUGUUUCCUCAACAAGCCCUGAGCAAUUGCUCAGGUUUUGUUGCUUCUUGACCUCCCCACCCCCUCCUGCCCCGAUUUACCGUUCUGUAAAGCUUUGAUUAUUUAAAACUGCACAGAGUCUGCAGUUGCUGCGACUGUGCGCCUCCUCUCUCUUCCCCACCUGCCGUCCCUUACAACACGACGCAGUUUAAUCUCUUCGCUUUAGGGAAACCCAGUUCAUGGGCUGCCUUACUUCUGCCCAGAUAACUAAAAAAUGCCCUUUAAAAAUGAACAAAAUGUGCCGGGUUGUUGCUGUUCCAGCUUAUGGGUCUCCCUGAACCCCGGACAGGAAAAUCUUCUAAAAUGGUAUACAUUUAAAUGAACUAUUUAGAGCAGUUUGAAUUGGGUCUAAUCCAUGCCUUCCUGAUAUUACUGGACUCCAGCUUCCAUCAUCCUUGCUGGCUGGGGCUGAUAGGCAUUGGAGUCUUCAGUACAAGGAGAACCCCUGCCCUAAAGUAAUCUGUUGUCGAAAUUCUUUUAUGUGUCUGGAGUUCAGUUCCCCUGAGACUUGCAGGACUUCCCACAACACUCUGCACAGAGGAUUUUAGACAAGGGCUUUUGGCCCCUUCUCAUUUCGGUGAUCCUAGUCUGGCUGUUCCGGAGGAAUGUGUCUUUUUUUCCAAAGGGGUGCGCUAACUUCAUCUUGUUUCAUCUUGCUGCCCUUGUUUCCCUUCUGUUCCAUUGACUGUUUGAUGGCCCUCUUUGACCUCUCCUCUACUUUUAGGACUGGAAGAGAGCUCUCCACCUCCCAGAAAUGAAGCUAUCUUGUAAAAGGAACAACAACAGAAAACUAUAUUCCAAGAGCAUCUAAAACUGUGCGUCGGCCAGACUUGCAUCUAUAGGUUUUUACUAGCCUCCAGAAUAUGAAUUGCAAGCCUAGUUAGGCAGAAGAGCAAAGUGGAGGAUAUGUUCUGUUUCGGUUUGGUUUUUUUUUAAAGAAAAAUGUAGAAGUCCUAUGAAGAUUUUUUUCCUGCUGGUAUUUUUUUGGCAAACAAAGGAAAUGUUUUUGUAUAGUUUUAUUUCCAUCCAGAAUAAAAUGUGAAUUUGCUA